AGUGACUUAGAGAACUCACCAGAAAGAUUCAUACGUGAAACUUUUGAUCAGUUUGUUAACUGUAGUACACGUUAACUCUUGCACGCCAAUCUUGUUAAGCUGCUAAGCGAGUUCUGGUUUUUUUGUCAAGAAAAGAAAAGAUUUCGUCUUUAUUUCUGCUGAGGAAUGUAUUUUGUGUGACAAAGUGAAUAAGUUUCAUGUGCAACGGGAACUUAUUCCCAAGAAACUGAGAGAAGAAAACUGCUUCUGCCUCGUUAGGAUUAUAGAUUUAUGAAGUGACACGGGUGGCCCAAAAACACACUAGCUAUUUAGGUCUUAAUAGGCUUUUUACUACAUCAGCCAGCAAAACAGAUUUUGAGUGAAAUAAUUUACGUUGCAGGCGGAGAAAUGAUAUGAAACUCCUUCACACUAUAUGCUGUUUGUGAUGAAGAGUAGUGCUGGUUUGAAGGAGAAAUGGAGUGUGGUGCACAUGAGAGGCAUGCAGCUAUACUUAAGGACUCUUCAUGGUUUCGCCAAUUCAGAAAUGGCUGCAAUCCCUGGAUGGCCAGAUACGUUUAUGCCUUGAUCUUUCUCUUUGCCAAUCUUUUAGCUUGGGCUGCACGAGACUAUGGCCAUGGUGCUUUGUCAGAAAUGGAAAGACUGAGAGUAUGUGCUGGUAAAUCUAACUGUUUGGGUGCUGAAGGAGUCCUGCGUGUGAGCUUGGGAUGCUUUGUAUUUUUCAUGAUAAUGUUUGUUUCAACUGUUAGAACCUCAAAGUUGCAAGACCCAAGAGAUGUAUGGCAUUCAGGAUGGUGGUUUGCCAAGAUUGUGCUGUGGAUUGCAUUAACUAUCCUGACAUUUUUUAUUCCUUCUACAUUUAUUAGGCUUUAUGGAGAGAUUGCGCAUUUUGGUGCAGGGGUCUUUCUCUUGAUUCAGCUAAUAAGUAUCAUCAGUUUUAUCACAUGGCUCAAUGAUUGUUGUGUCUCUGAUGAACGUGCAGACAGAUGCCACAUCCAUGUGAUGUUAAUUGCAACAACUGCAUAUGUUAUAUGCAUAGUGGGGAUCAUUUUGAUGUACAUUUGGUAUGCACCAGAACCAUCUUGCCUCCUUAACAUUUUCUUCAUCACUUGGACACUGGUACUCCUUCAGCUCAUGACAAGCAUCUCUCUUCACCCUAAAAUAAAUGCUGGAUUCUUGACUCCAGGGCUCAUGGGCCUGUAUGUUGUGUUCCUCUGCUGGUGUGCCAUUAGAAGUGAACCAGCAGGUGAAAGUUGCAUCAAGAAGGCUGAAGCUUCAAAGAGAACAGACUGGCUUACCAUUAUAAGCUUUGUUGUUGCACUACUUGCAAUUGUUAUUGCAACAUUUUCUACUGGUAUUGAUUCGCAAUGUUUUCAGUUCAGGAAGAGGGAAAAAGAAGCUGAGGAUGAUGUUCUUCCAUAUGGUUAUGGCUUCUUCCACUUCGUCUUCGCCACAGGAGCAAUGUACUUUGCAAUGCUGUUGAUCGGCUGGAAUACUCAUCACACCAUCCAGAAGUGGACAAUUGAUGUGGGUUGGACAAGCACUUGGGUCAGAGUAGUGAAUGAAUGGCUCGCUGUUUGUGUAUACUUGUGGAUGCUGGUGGCUCCAAUCGUCCUUAAGUGGAGAGAAAAUGCAGAAGCCACUUAAGCAUUCUAUUCUAAAACCCAAGAAUCAUUUUGUGGUUGCUCUAAAGUCUUAUCAUCGGCUGUGCAUGUAACAUUCAAAGCAAUUGCAGACAGAAGAGAUUGCAGUACACUUGAAAGACAGGAGCCAAAAGAACACAGGAUACAUGUACUGAUCUGAUUUAUUUUUAUUUAUUCUUUUGAUGUUGAAAUCCACUCCUCUUACUGUGAGCACACAGGGAAGAAGGAAGAUGAAAUAUAAUGCAAUUUACUUGGGAA